AGCUGAUGAUUUCGUGAUCCAGAAUGUUCCCUGCUUUGGAAAAAUUGCUUGUCAGUUCAAAAUAAAGUGGGAAAUGAUCGCUGUUCAUUGUGAUCGAGUGCAUCUGUUGAAUAGGAAUCUUUUUGAAAUACAAUCCAUCGUAUGGACCUGGUAUAUGCACUGAAACUAGAAAUGCUUACUCAAAUCAUUAACUUACUAGAGUGUUUUUAUCAUUCACCUCUGCUUAUCAGGAGGAGCGAGUUUGGGUACAACAAGUACAACCUCCUGAUUGAUUUUGAUUCAUAUCGGCGUACUAGACGUACCUAAAAAAUUAUGGCUGCUCUUGCCCUUACGAAGUUGGACACCGUGUCCGCCAAGGUGGCUGACGCCUCUGUGUACCAGACACCGUUGCAGGUUGAGAACACACCUUUGAGGACCACAGGUGGUCAUACCUGGCCAGCCGCACGUGCGCUGUUCGAGUUUAUUGCGAAGACGGAUGGCCUGGGACUUGCCGAUUUUCUAAGAAGUAGAAGUAGAAUGGAGGAAGAUGGACGACAUGGAGAAGAACAAGCCGCUAUCACCUCUGAAUAUAUUUCGAAAGACCUUAACAUUCUUGAACUGGGUUCUGGUUGUGGAUGGGUAGCCUUGAAUUUAGCCUACAGCUCGCUUGUCGCUGGAGGUCGUUAUUCUGGUCGACAGUCAUUGAGACUAGCGAUAACCACAAGCGAGCAGCCGGGCAAAGCGUGUGAAUGGCUGCAGCACAAUAUCGAGAGACAUGCAGAGACACUUGCUACAUUGGCAUCGAAGGCAAGUUUAUUUACCACUAACACAGAUACUAGUACAGAUAUUAGCAGCACUUCUUGUUCUUCAUCACCUCCGCCUGUAGUUGCCGUUCCUCUCGACUGGCAAAAUCCGGAUUUGAGCUUUCUCGAAGAUCUUGAAGGAGACGACCACAAGGAAGCGAAUUUAAAUUCAUCAUCAUCAAAAAAACUAGACUUUUUAAUCGGCUCCGACUUAAUCUACAACGAAAUCGGGUCCAGAUGUCUCCCGAAAAUAGUCAAAUCCCUACUUGAGCAAACUGGUGCUUCGCAUUUUCUAUAUUCACAUACCUUCCAUCGUUACGACCAUUUGGACAAAGAGUUCUUGGAGGUCUGUGAAGCAGAAGGAUUGCAAGCUAGGGAGUUGGAAACUAUGUACAGGAAGUUGGACUUCGGAGGAAGAAUAGUGGAGCACGAAGUACCGAUCCAAGAAGAAUUUGAACAAGAAAUUUUUCCGGAGAAAAGAAUAGCGAUAUUGAAAAUCACGCUGGCAAAGGCGGAUAAUUCGUUGGGCGUAGAAGCUGCCGGUGGAGCAUGACAAAGAAGGUCUUGAUGACGCUGCUCCAUGACUAUUUGAAAUUCCUCCUAUACCUCAUCCACUCCCGAACCCAAAAAAUUCCUGUACCUGAAAAACAUUAGAUUUAUAAUAAGUACUCAUGACGUGGUCCCCUCACCGAAACAUCACCAUGAUCAUCUUCGUUAGGCAUGCAGCAGGAC